CUUCUCGAGGAUACCAAGUCUCUUCUGGCUGACCCAGAUCCAACGAUGCGCUCAAUGGCGGAGGAAGAGUACCGCUUGCUUGAAGAGAAGGUGGAAGAAAUCGUCAACACGACUUUGCCCGCCCUCCUCAAACCGUCAUCUUCUACAGCCCACUAUUCUGCCCUCGUGGAGUUGAAAUCUGGCGUAGGAGGAGUAGAGUCAUCCCUUUUUCUUGCAGACUUGCUACGGAUGUACCAGCGAUACGCAACUGCACAGCAAUGGAAGUGGACGAUGAUGGCAAUCAACGAGCUGGAGCAGGGAGGGACGAGGGACGCCAUCAUGGAGGUGAAGGGACCAGGGGUGUAUGAUAGGUUACGUUGGGAGAGUGGUGUGCAUCGCGUGCAGCGGGUACCAUCUACUGAUGCUAGUGGACGUGUCCACACCAGUACAGUAGCAGUCAUCGUUCUUCCACUGGCCGAAGAGAAGGAUACACAGGAAGAACCGCUAUAUAAAAUAGAGGACGUCAAAAUCGAAGUUAUGCGUGCUCGAGGUGCGGGAGGGCAGCACGUCAACAAAACAGAAUCAGCGGUCCGCCUGACACAUAUACCCUCGGGUAUCACGGUCUCCAUGCAAGAUGAGCGGAGCCAGCAUCAAAAUAAACGUCGUGCCUUCCAAGUCCUUCAAGCUCGUCUUAUGGACCAAAGGAUCAUUCGUGACAUUGCCCAGCGACGCGCUACAAAGAACAGUCUAGUGUCUGGUGUAGAUCGGAGUGACAAAAUACGAACGUACAACUACGCACAGGAGCGCGUUACGGACCAUCGGAUAGGCCUUAGCCUGACAAAUCUAUCGGCGGUUUUGGAAAGCUACGGCUUGGAAGAAUUUAUCGAGGCGCUGAAUAAAAAUUACGAGCAGAUGGCACUGGAACAAAUGCUCGAGGAUGAUUAGUAUUGUAUUCCGCUCACUAGUUGCCCGUAAGUCGGAUUGAUUAUCCUAGCACGAGAAUUGCAUUAAAUAAAACACAUACGUAGAAUUUUGUACCAGUACUAAUAGGCUGCUAUAAGAUAUUCAUAACCCUCUUCAU